AUGUCUAUGGUGCCAUUGGUUCUCUAUUCUGUUAACUAUGCGGUUAUAGUAUAUGUUCUGAUAUUCCGCUCGUAUCGGGAUAGUCUUUUUUCCGAUUUGGUGGACAUAACCGAUCAGUUAAACCGUAAAAUGGAGCUGGCCGAAAGGAAAACGAUUUUAAAACUUAGGAAACUGUUGUAUUUGAAGUCGUUCACCCUCACCUAUCUUAAUCUGGGAUCUUUUCUAUCGUUUUUAUUUCUAAAAGAUCGAUUUUUGGAAGCAAUUAUAAUAGGUGUAGCCUACAGCAUCCUGAACACCAGUAACUACUUUUACUUCACCUCCUUUUGGCAAAUCGCUAGAGGCUAUGACUUUGUGGAUUGCGAGAUAAGAAAUCUAACCUCCUUUAAGUCUGGCAGUAAUGUUAAUGAUUUCUCGGAGGUCCUGCAAGAUCUGUGGUCCUUUCACUGGACCCUCAGCCUAAUGGCCCGCAGAAUAAGUCGAGUCUAUGGAGUCCACAUGCUCGUCUCGCGCACCGAAUACGUUUUGUUCGCUGUUGUUUAUGGUUACGUGGGAAUCAUUUUCCUGUUCCAAGGAAUGAGUCUGAUGUUAAUUCAUGCUGGCCUGAUAUACUUCAUUCGGGCUUUGGACUUCUUCCUGAACGAUGUCAUCUGUGACCUGACCGCCAGGUAUCAAAGUUAUCCAAAACACGAACUUAUCGAAGGAGUUAUAAACCAGAAGGCGGUAGAGUAUCGAGUAAACUAG